AGCUCUAAGGUAAAGGACCAAAUUCUUCCCCAAAAGGCCAUGCAUUUAAUAUUUGAUGGUGCACCAGAUUUCACUUGCCAUAAAAGAAAACAAUCAGCGACUCAAAUCCAGAAAUUUUAAAUGCCAAAUUGAAUGAAAUAGCAACAGCACAGCUGAUGCUUCUUUCUUCUUCUUCUUCCCAUCUCCUUAUAUCACGUUUUCAAACUCUUCAAGACUUUUUGAACCGAUUUUGUCGCGAGUGACAUAAAAUGAUCCAUUCUUCUUCUUCUUCUUCUUUUAUGAUUUAGUGUACUAGACAAAACCUUGGUUUUGCUCUUUAGCCAUGGCAGACUCAGAUUAUCGUUCUCCAAUAUUACUCUCUGUACUUCUUCUCCUUCUGUUCAUAACCGUCCUCUUCUUCUCUCCAUUAAACCGAAACCAAUAUCUCUCUCUCAAUCUUUCUUCUCCCUCCUCCUCCCUAUCUAACUCUUCUUCUGCUCAUCAUCACCAACAAGCCACCGACAACGACAAAGCCUUGCACGUCGUCUCGCCUCCGGCACCGGCGCCGGCGCCUUCCCUCCUUCCGCUGUUUCACCAACAUGGGGCUUCUUCAACUCCCAGUUUGCCUCAAGUACACAGUCACAGUCUUAAAAUCAAGAGCAAAACGCAGAAGAUUGAAGAGGAGUUGGCCAGAGCAAGAGCCAUAAUUCGCGAAGCUAUUGUGACAAAGAAUUAUACCUCUGACAGAAAUGAGAUUUACAUCCCAAGAGGAAGUAUAUACAGAAAUCCCUAUGCAUUUCAUCAGAGUCAUAUAGAAAUGGUCAAGACAUUCAAGGUCUGGGCAUACAGGGAAGGAGAAGUACCAAUGGUUCAUGAUGGACCAACUACAUACCUCUACUCCAUUGAGGGACAGUUCAUUUUUGAGAUGGAAAGUGGUCCGAGCCCUUUCAUGGCCAAGCAUCCUGAUGAGGCGCAUGCCUUCUUCUUACCAUUGAGUGUAUCCAAGAUUACUGACUUCUUGUUCAGACCUCAGCAGCAGACUUUUUUUCAUCGACUGGCUCGCAUCUUCACCGACUACAUUCUUGUUAUACAAGAAAAGUAUCCUUACUGGAACAGGAGUGGUGGAGCAGACCAUUUUAUGGUCUCUUGUCAUGAUUGGGCAUCACUUAUUCAACGUGAUGACCCCAAGCCGUACAAGAACUUGAUAAAGGUGUUAUGCAAUGCGAAUAUCUCUGAAGGGUUCAAGCCAACUAGAGAUUGCUCAAUUCCAGAAUACAACUUAAAACGCAACCAGCUUGGCCCUCCCCGUUUCGGGCUACCCCCUAAAAACCGUAGUGUCCUUGCUUUCUUUGCCGGUGCAGCCCAUGGAGACAUUAGGAGCAUUUUGUUUGAGCAUUGGAAAGAAAAAGAUGAUGAAGUUCGGGUUUAUGAAAAACUUCCCGAGGCUAUAAACUACCACAAGAUAAUGGGACAAACCAAGUUCUGCUUGUGCCCGAGUGGUUCUGAAGUGGCAAGUCCUAGAGUGGUGGAGGCAAUGAAUGCAGGAUGUGUUCCGGUGCUGAUCUCUGAUUCCUAUGCAAUACCUUUUGCUGAUGUUCUUAACUGGAGCGCGUUUUCGAUACAAAUUCCACCCAAGAGAAUACCAGAAAUCAAGACGAUAUUGAAGGCUGUUUCACACAAAAAGUACUUGAAACUGCAGAAGAGGGUGCUGCAAGUGAGAAGGCAUUUUGAGCUCAACCGCCCAGCAAAGCCCUUUGAUGUAUUCCAUAUGGUGCUUCACUCAGUGUGGCUUAAAAGGCUCAACAUUCGAUUACCUGAUAAAUUUUGAGGAUUAGAAGGCCUAGCUUGUAAAGAUUCAAUCAUUGAUCACUUCCCUGCAUAUAGUUAGCUAUACGUGCAAGCGCUAACGUGACAGGGGCUAUAUGCUUAAUCAUCUUCGACAAAAGGAUUCUGAGUUUUUGUUGUUCCUGUCCUUGUAACUUUAUAUUCAAAUGAUGCUCAAACACUGGCCAGAUA